AUGGAUAUAGUUCGAAUCAUCAACGUAUUCCUCGCUAGGAUCAUCAACUUAUUCCGCAACUCAACUCCCUCAACUCCAAUUCCAAAGGAUGAAGCUGGCACUGGAAGCAGAGUCAAGAUAUCUCCGGAGGUUUCCGAAGCAUUGUCACGUAAGAGACCGGUGGUUGCUAUUGAAUCGGCAAUGCUUUCUAAUGGUACGUAUGGCGAUGAAUUACUUGUUUCUCGUAAAUGGAUGUCAUUCACCCUCACCCUUGUUCAUAUCUUGUUCGUAGGACUUCCAUAUCCUCAGAAUUUGCUGGCAGUUAAAGAGUUGGAAGCCAUAGUUAGAAGGAAUGGAGCUGUACCUGCCGUUGUUGCUAUUUUGGAUGGUGUGCCUUGCAUAGGUUUAUCUGAAGAGGAACUUAAAGGGCUCGCAUAUGUAGAUGCUCAAACGACCGCAUGUAGGGACAUUGCACACGUUAUAGCCAAGAGAGAAAGAGGUGGCACUAGUGUUUCAGCCACAAUGUUUUUGGCUAACAUGGUGGGGACCCCUAUUGUUGUGAAUUGUGGGAUUAGCAAUAUUCCUUCCGAUCUGACGGAGUUGGGAAGGACAUCAGUUGCUGUUGUUUCUACUGGUGCAAUCUUAGCAGAUGAUACUCCUAGGAUGUUGGUGAAACAUCCUGGAUUUUAG